AUGGAGACGCUGGUCAAAGCAGCAGUGCAGGUCGUGCUCGACGACGCUCUAGGGCCAUCGGAGGUGAGCAUCGAUUCAAAGAAUGCUCUGGAACAAAAUGUUUUCAUGUUCCUUCGAUCGCUUCAGCAAUUCCCAGAGCAGCCUUUGCCCUUCUCUAUCGCGGUGUAUAGAGAUUUCUUCGUGCUUGUAGCGCAGUGGCGAAACGAUGAGCCCGCAAUCGAUGCUCGCCACACGAUCGACAGUACGCGGAGGUGGACCGUGCUUUCCUCGGCCUCCGAACGUCAUGCGCUGGAUCAAGAGCUGAUCAAAUACCCAGAACUUUGGGAGGGCCCGUUUGAACUGACCAGCAAACUGCUGUCUUCGAUGGUGGCGCUUCGCAGCAGCGAUGAUGUUCAAAUGCAAGAGCUGGUCGACGUUGUACAAAACCUCGCCGAGAGUCUGGAAGAAGCAGCUGUGGCUGUCGAGAAGGACUCGCUGCAGCGACUCUACAUCCUCGGAUUGCUGGGAGUCUUCUUCGAAGCUUUGACAGAGCUGACGUGGCAGUUGAUGCAACUUAGCACUGAAUUGGUCAAUUGGGGAGGGCAGCUGCUUGUAGACCUGAUUUGGCGUGACCGAGAGCAGAUCAAGAUCGCGAUCGGGGUUUUGGAAAGACUAGGCGAACGAGACUCUGCCUUUGCUUCAAACCUUGCUACCAACGUUGCAUUUUCUAUCCUCGCUCGACUUAGGCGAGAGAUAGACGACCCUUUCGCUGCUCUUGAUGUUCAUGGGUCGGACCGGCUCGUGUCGAUCUCGACAAUCUUCGAGAGUUGCCUUACGUUGAUGCUCGCCUCUUCCCACGAGGACGCCAACAACAUCAUCCAGGAUCGCUUUCUCAAAACGCUGUCGCCUUUUCUGAGUCUGGUGCUUGAGCGAACCAUUGAGGAUCCAAGCGACGAGCAUGUCGCAGAGCUCGAUAUAGUAUCGACUAAGCUCUAUGACCUGUGUGACAAAGCUCUGCGCGAUCAAGCUUUCUAG